GUCUUAAAGAGGUAAAACCAACCUGACAGGGAGUGUACGGUGGCAUACCGACAAAGGUGGAGUGGUGGUCUUUAUAUGUUUUAUUUGGAUACUAACGAGUGGAUUUAGACGUAACUCUGAGAGCAUCAUUGAAAUUAAACAUGUCCGAAUGUUGUUUAGAAGGACAGUUUUUGUACAAUAUCCCAAAUGCCAUUAUGAUUAGUUUUUUUGAGGUCAUGGAUUCCCUGAAUGAUAGUGAUUGGCUGAAGUUUGCUUCUUGUAUUAUACAUGAUCAGACUAUGCUUCUAAACUUAGAAAGGGAGGAGCAGCGCACCAGGAAACUGAUAUGGAAAUGGAGCAACAGAAAUGCUACUGCUAGCGAUCUUAUACACAUUCUGAAUGACCUGAAGCUAAUUCGUGCACGAGACAUUAUUCUGGAGUGGAAACCUCUACCUGUUAAGCAGCCAAAGAUGGUUCCCCAACCUGAUAGACGGUAUUCAGAUCCACCUCCUCCAUAUCAGAGGUGUACCAAACAGCAUUCAUUUCCAGACUCACUUGAAGAAAAAGUGAAACAAAGUGAAUGUCAAACUUCCACCACUAGAUUUCCAGGACCAUCAAGACAGUCUCUCCCAAAACCCUCUACUCCACCUCCUGGCCUCAUGGACAGCAUUGAUCAGCCAUUUAUUCUGAAAUCUGGUGCAAGUGGCCAGAAAGUGAUCACUCCAGCGAAGAAUGUUAACAUCGUGCAUUAUGAUGCCGGUGUGCUGCAGAAUACAAACGCUUUAAAAUGGCCUCUUCACGAACUUAUCCAGGGGACUCAGAACUUUUCUGAAAAGCUGCAGAUUGGAGAAGGGGGAUUUGGUUGUGUUUAUCUGGCAACUAUGAGGCAUACGAAGUACGCAAUCAAAAGAUUAAAAGAGGAUUCAGAGCUGGAGUGGAACACUGUAAAGCAAAGCUUUGUCACAGAGGUGGAAAAUCUUUUUCGGUACCGACAUCCCAACAUUAUCGACUGUGCUGGAUACUGUGCAGAAAAAGGCCUGUAUUGCCUGGUUUAUGCAUACAUGCCAGGUGGCUCCCUUGAGGACAGACUUCAUAGCCAGGGUAGUUUACCUGCUCUCUCUUGGCAACAGCGAAUAUACAUUCUGAAGGGAACAGCACGUGCUAUUAAUUUUCUGCACAGUAGUAACCCAAGUCUCAUACAUGGGGAUGUGAAGAGCUCCAACAUCCUUCUGGAUGAGAAUCUAACUCCGAAGCUGGGAGAUUUUGGUCUGGCACGUUUCAUGCGAUUAUCCAGGACACCUGGCAAGAGUAGUACUGUGAUUCGUACACAAACUGUCCGUGGGACGCUAGCAUACCUUCCAGAUGAGUAUGUGAAAUGUGGAACUCUCACAGUGGAGCUAGAUGUUUACAGCUUUGGGGUGGUGCUGCUGGAGAAUGUUACUGGUCGUAAGGCUUUGGAGGUCAGUGAUGCAUCAAAAACUAAGUACUUGAAAGAUAUCAUUAAAGAAGAAGAUGAAGAAGAAUUUGAAAGUGACAAUCACUUUAGUAAAGUUUAUGGUAAUAAGGAAUCGAGAAUCGCUGCUUUAAUCUGUCGGAAGUAUGUGGACAUGAGAGCAGGGCAGUGCUCAAAGACUGUAUGCACAGCACUAUGUAUAUUGGCAUGCCAGUGUCUAGCAAAUCGAAAGAAGAGGCCAAAAAUGACACAGGUUUAUGAGAAACUUGAAGAAUUGCAGAUGGCAACUGCAUUACCUAAGAAAGACUCCUUUAGCUCAGAAGUGAACUAUACCAUGGAGCCAUCAAGUGACAUAGUUUCAGAACAGAUGAAAGGCUUGCUGUUAACCCCUGAGGAAAACACAUACAGGUUUGGACCAUGUGAGACAGAGUGCAGAUCAGCAUCUCAGUCAUUUACCCCAAGAAACUCUUGCAGACCUCAGGACUCAAGGAGUUGUUCUUCGAAGAUUUCAUAUCCAGUGCCAUGCGAAUCAGAUGAGUCUGAUGACUUUUUACAAAACAGUAUGGCACACCCAACACAGAACUCCAUACAGCCUAUGCAGCAGGUAUCAAACCCAAGCCAGAACCCUUUAUAUACCUCUGCUUCAUUCUCCAAGAAACUCUGCAACACAGCAAACUGCAAGCCAGAAUGGAAUGAUACGGGGAGUUCCUCUACAGGUGAUUCCAACAGCUGGCAGCCCACAGAGAGUAAUGAGACUCUAAAUGGACACUCAUUUGCCAGUUCUGGACAGCCAGUAAAAUAUUCCGGAUUCGGAUUCCAACCUGCUGGACUGUCCGAAUCCACCAAGAAACAAGGAGGAAACAUUAUGCAUGCUGCUUUCCAGAAAGAGCAGCUUGUUUUUACUGCUUCACCUCAAACAUAUGCAUUUCCUAAUGAUCAGAGAGGAAGGCCUGGGACUCCAUGUGCAUCAGAAAGCAACUCUGGGAGUGCAUGUGUUUUUGAUGCUUUUCCACACAAGUCAAGUAGUACAGAUGAAUCCCUGCCACAUCAUAACAUAGUCAUCAAUCCUGCAAAGCAGAAAAUUAUUGAACAGCUUGCACUUUAUGAAAGAGGGAGCAUAAACAGCCUCCAGCUUUUGUCAUCUUCAUCUAACACAGACUUUGAUUCAUCUUCUGAGAACUUAAGAGGCCCCCAAGAGAGUGAUGAAUUUGACAGCUAGACAUCUAAAGUUCUUCAAAACUUAUACCGGAAAUGUUCUCAUGGUACACAAAUGCUGCUGUUAUCUCUUGAAAACUGAAAACUGUUUAUAGACAUUAAAAGUGGCUUAACAUUGUGACAGUUUUAUACCUGGAUUUGGGUUUCCAUCACUUUGAGAGGACAUAGACUAAGACAUUCAUAAUGGGUCAAACGUCUCUGAAAAAGUAACUCCCCCUUCAGCAUAACUAGAGGUACAUUCAAAGACUAAAGCUAUUUCUGAUAAAAUCAGUAGAAAGUCAGGGCCUUUACCAGAAAAGUAUGUUAGCUUCAGCUGCUUAAUUACCAUCUGAAGAAUGAACCCUUGCUGUAUGUGACUGCACAGUGUUGUUUUGUGUUUUCCAUUAUUGCUGGACAGCCCUGAUUAUAAACACCAGGUGAAAAAUAUUUUAAUGUUGUAUUUCUAUUAAAUGUGUCAUACGAC